CCGUAGCGUUUAGCUGCAUGCUUCUGCUGACGUAGUCAGACCAUUCUUUAUGCUUAAACUAAACAACGAUGUCUCCAGUUGAGUCUCUGAGAGAGUUUCUCACCGAGCGACUAACUGCUGCUGCUGAAGAAAUCGUCCGAGUUGUUGAAGAAACUAUCGCCGAGCACAAGGAGGAGGUUGCUCGGCAGCGCAGACUGCUGCAGCUCGUUUGGAAACCCAAAGUCAAGUUACACAGGAUAGAACUCCCACAGCAACAUGUCUGCAAGGAGGAGGACAUUCUCGCUGAUGAAGAGGACCCUGAGCCUCUACAGAUUAAAGAGGAACAAGAGGAACUGUGCACCAGUCAGGAGGGAGAGCAUCUUGUACUGAAGCAGGAGACUGAAAGUGACCACAGUGAACGUCAGACUAUGACCUUCAAUCCUGAUGAUGACACUCUAAGUGCAGCAGAGAAAGAGUAUGUAGCUAACAUGCCAGUUAUAACCUCUGUGGUAUCACAAGCAAACAGUGACCACCAGCUGCUCCCUAAUGAGUCUCAGAGCCAAGAUCAGAAAGGAGGGAAGAUCUAUGGAGACUCAGGAUCAUUUAGAAAUGCAAAGCCAGAUCCAAAAAAGAGACAUCACAAGAGGAGUAGUCAUAGUAACAAUGUAAACAACACUGACUUGUCAGAGAUCCACCCUAAUGCUAAAACAGGUAAAAAGUCUUUCAUAUGUGACGCAUGUGGGAAAGUCUUUAAGUAUAAUUCAGCAUUUCAGAGACACUUGAGAGUUCACACAGGUGAGAAGCCAUAUUCUUGCAAAACAUGUGGAAAAGAUUUUGGACGUAAAAAUCACUUGGAAAUUCACAUGAGAACCCAUACAGGUGAGAGGCCAUACGUUUGCAAGAGCUGCACAAAAACCUUCUGUGAGGUCUCGGCAUUAACAAGGCACAUGAAAAUCCACACAGGUAAGAAGCAAUAUUCUUGCCAAACAUGUGAAAAGGAUUUCGUACGAUAUGAUGAAUUUAAAGACCACAUAAGAAUCCACACAGAUGAAAAACCAUAUGCUUGCAAAACAUGUGGAAAAGGUUUUAGACAUAACAGUACAUUAUUAGCCCACAUGAGAACCCACACAGGUGAAAAGCCCUAUUUUUGCAAAACAUGUCAAAAAGAUUUCCGGCAAUAUAGUGCCUUGCUGGUCCACAUGAGAACCCACACAGAUGAGAAGCCGUAUGUUUGCAAGACCUGCUGGUAAAGAUACUGUGACACUUCAAUGUAAAUAAGGCAUAUGAGAACCCACACAGGUGAGAAUCUAAACUAACAUUGAUCCCUGGCUUCUGUAGUCUUCCUGUUGAAGUAUCCAUUGGCAAGUCACUCAACCCCAAAUUGCUCUUGUUGGCUGUGCCAUUGGUGCAUGAAUGUGUGUGAAUGUUUAUCCCGUGAGCAGGAUGCACCUUGUAUAGUAGCCAGAGUAAGAAUGUAUGUGAAUGGUGCCAGUACUAUGUAAACCACUUAUGAUGUAAACAUUAUGCUUGUUUUUUUUUUCUAAAUGUCCAUUUAUCUUAGAAUCUCUUGUUGUUUAAAGUUUAACAAGAAUUUAAAAUCCAUGUGCCUCAAGUGUUUGAUAGUUCCAUAUGAAGCUUCUUGCACAUCUUUGCAAGAAGUUUUUUAUUAUCAUAUAAGACAUUUUAUUAAAUGGGAAUGUGGUUUCUUCUUGCUAUUUUUAAACACUAGCUUUUGUUUCUGACAAGAUUCUGAACAUUUUUGUAUGACAAAUGAUUAAAUGUUUUGAAGAUUGUAAUUAACUAUGGAAUGACUGCAUGGUUUGGGAACCUUGUAUAGCUAUAUCUAUUGCUUUAUUUUUACUAUUAUAAUUAUUGUUGUCCUCAAAAUAAGUUAAUGAUUAUUUGGUAAAGUAAGAAGUAUGGUUAUACAAACCAACAGAGAACUGUAAUGAAACAUGUAACAACUGUAUUGACGUGGCUUUGCUUUAAAGGCUAACUGUGCUCAGUUAGUACAAUGACCUGUUAGAAAGCAUAGCCUAAACGAUUUCUCAUAAACUAGCUAAGU